UCUUGGUGUAACUGCGCGCUUACGCAUACGCUCGCGCUCACUCACUCACUCACUCACACUUGCACCACACACAUACACACACAGACAGACGGACAGACACGCAUAUCCUUGCAGGUACACGAGUUUGCCACAGCGCAUAAAUACACAUCCACACACGGUGUUCAUUCGCGAGUGUGAUAUCUCUUCGCACCCUGGGACAAAAGGAAAUUUCCGCAGCAAAGAAAGACGCGUCUCGCUGACCGCUGCUCACGACAAGAGCCGUGCACGGAGCAGCAUCCUAGACUCACUUUUUCAUGAGGGAUUAACACGAAAAGAAGAGCCAAUAUGCGGGAGAGGAGAUGGCUGCUAGUUGCUCUAUAUGGACUUUUCAUAGCGGUUGCCGUCUCGGAUGCGCUCAAGGCGUCGAGGGCGAAAUUUAAGAUAGCAACGUCAUCGACCACGUCCACCACCGGAGAGCCCGCCUCAGCAGAUGCUUCCGACGAUGACACCGAGGCAACGACGACAUCCGGCAGCGAAACCAAUGGGACGACGGCGCACACGCUCACGGGGAUCCCGCAGAUCGAUUACAUUUUUGAUCCCAAUCUGCCGCGCGAGCUAAACGGCUACAACUUGAGCGAUUAUCCAUUCUACGAGAGCAUGCCAAAGGACAUCGAUUUCAAAUGCGACGGACUUCAUGACGGAUUUUACGCGAGUGUGCCGCACAAGUGUCAGGUCUACCAUCACUGUCUGUACGGCACGCGCUACGACUUCCUCUGCGCCAAUUUCACCGCCUUCGACCAGAAGACCUUCAUCUGCCACUUCGUCUCGGAGGUGGACUGCGCCAACUCGAAGAAGUACUGGCACCGCAACGACGCCCUGUACCAGGCCGCGAGCAGCUCCACCACGUCGACCACCACCACGACGACGAGCACCACCACGACGACGACACCCUCUCCCGCUAGUCACGACGGCAACAAGAACGAUCGAGGCAGAGACAGAGAUCCGCCGCUGAGACGAAGGAGGCCUAUUCACAGGCGGCCCGCUUACGACUACUACGACGACGAGUACUACGACGACGAUUACGAGCCGGUGCGACCCAGAGCCGGUGGUGGCGGCGGCGGUUACGCUAGACGCGACCAGUACGACGACUACGACGAUCGCAAGUACUCGCGCAGAGACCGCGACAGAACCGACAAUUUCCGGCAUCGCGACAGAGAUCGCUACGGGCCGUCGCGGGCCAGUCGCCGAGAUCCCGUGAGGCCGAGGGACGACGCCGACGGGCCUCCUCGAUCGCGCCUCCGGGAUCAGGACUCGUCCAGGUCCAAGGACGUCGAGGAACGAGCCAAAGAUACCGACGAUCGCAAGAGAUUUAGGUAUUAUAAUGAUGAUGAUGAUGAAUACGCUUAUGGAUCUCUUUCUGAUCCCGUCAGCAGUGAAGGUCUGGUGAAACCCGCGGCGCCGCCUACAUCUCUGUACUCGAGACCCCGAGCACCGCCCAAGCUCCGCAGGCCGGUGCCGCUGUCCGAGAAAAACAAGUAUGCCUACUCCACGAGUACGACCGUACGUCCGCAGACUGCUGACGACUCUCAUCGAAGGCCGAUCGCCGAAGAUGUCGACGAACCCCGAUCGAGACCAGUCGGGCCGCAGGACGAGGACGUCGAGCUACCACCUCGCCGCAAACCUUACGCCGACUCCGAGCCUCGUAAGAGGCCGCUAAGCGACAACAUCGAUGACGAACCACGGAGAAGACCCGCGGCGGUACCGGAGAUCGCCGACGAACCGCGUCGACGACCCGCCGCGGACGUUUUCGACGAGCCACGUAACAGGCGUCCGGUUGUCAGCGAGGUCGUGGACGAACCCCGACGACGACCCUUGAUAGAGAUCGUGGACGAGCCUCGAAGACGACCUCUCGUCGACGAACUCGACGAGCCUCGCCGAAGACCGUCGGCCGCCAUAGUCGACGAGCUGGACGAGCAGCCAGCAGCAGCACCACCGGCGCGUCGUCGUCCGGUCGCCGCGAUCGACGACGUCGAGGAUAGCCCACGGGCUCGAAGACCACCGCCGCCCGUGGACAUCUACGAGGACGACGACUACUACGUCGAUGAGCUCGAGGAGGUCAAGCCGCGUUGGCUCGUGCGAACGAGGCCCCUCAGAGAGCGCGAAUAUCUCGAUAAGCGAUAUCGCGAUCGACCUUACAGAUCGAGAUACCGGGACGAGGAAGAGGAGACAAGGCCGCGCAAGCUGCCGAGCCGGCCUCGCGAUCGCUACGAGCGAGAACGAGAGCGCACCCGGGAUCGAUCUCUGGAUCGGGCCAAGGAGCGAGUCCGUGCGCAGGAGCGAGAACGAGACCGCGAGACCGAACGGGAACCGGAUCGAGCGCGCCACCCGACGCGUUCCAAGGACUCGCAGCAGGAUUUCCUCGAGGACAAGACGACGAAGAAGACGGCGCAGUUUUACGAGCGAGCGACGACUACACCCAGCAGCACGACUACGACAACGGCGGCGACGACGAUAACGACACCGGCGACGAGCGUCGCGACCACCAGCAGCACGACCAGCGAGAGACCCACCACUACCACGGUCAUCACCUCGAUGACGAGCUCGAAAAAUCUGGGCCCCUCUUCGGUCUCGCAGACUCCCGAAGAGCCGAGACCGAAGAUAUCCCUCGUAGCCAUACAACCGCAAUCGGCCUUGGAUCAUCGGCCGCAGCAGCAGCACAAAGAGUCCGAGUCUUACGAGGACGACUACUCGACGGCCGGAAAGUACUGGAAGAGCUCGGAGCAGCAGCAGCAAGAGGAACCGCAGCAGCAAACCGCGAGUCAAGGACGAGGCGAGAAGGAAGCCGCGGUCGUUGACUACGACUCGUCCGAGUAUUACGACGACGUCGAGGAGCCGGCCGUAGUGCCGAUACCACCUGCGCCUCCGGCACGAACGACCACGACGACGACGAGCACGACGACGACGACGACGCCUCGACCGACGACCAAACGGCCGUUUUUGCCGUCCCGAGGUGGAAGUCCCAACCCGAGGGGUCUGCUGCCAGUGGGUUCCAAGGCCCUGCCCAACUAUCGUCGCGACGAGAUACCCAUCAAGCAGUACAUCAAGCUGACCAGCGGUCCCGUAGACAAUGCGCCUCUCAAGCCUAUUCAGCAGCAGUCGGAGGAUUACAGAAGCAAGUCCGGCAAGAACUACGAGGAGGCGGCUCCGAUGCAGGAGCAGCACAACAAGCGACGCAGCGAACAGCAGACUUUUCAGCAUCAGCAGUCCCCGAAGGCCGAGUGGAGCCCUUUGGACUUUCAAGGGGCGCGCGGCGAGCCCAACGAGGCCCAGCUCCAUCAUCGCCAGCAGCAGCAGCAGGAGAUGCAGCAACAGCAGCAACAGCUGAGGGAGGGCCAGAACGUCCACAGCAACCUGUACAGCGCGACCUACAAGAAGGAUCGCAUCAACGAGGUCACCCAUCACAAUUUGCACGACAUACCCGAGAGCGAGUACGACGUGACCCUCAACGAGGCUCUGGCGCCCAACAACUUGCCGCAGGAGACGAGCCUACCGGCUGGAUUCGCCUUGCCGCUGCAUCGACAGCUCGGGGGACGCGAUGCAGCCCUGCAACCAUCUGAGAACACUUACAAAUUUUCCAGACCUCAGCAGCAACAGCUACCGAUGCAACAGCAAGCUCUACAAUUGCAGCUGCAGAAGCCGCAGGCACAGCCUGUUCCACCUCAGCACCAACCCUUUGCCACGGUCCAGGUGGCACCUCAGCCACCCCAGCAGCAGCAGCAGCAGCAACAUCAUCAGCCACAGAGCAUCGCCAGAAGCGUCGACAGGGGCAAGACCGUGUACUACAGGGCUCCCGAAACCAUUCAGAUAAGCGGCAGCCAAUAUCGUCCUCAACGCGCCCAUUGGACCGACUACACGGCCUACUGAGCUCUACAAUUAUAGCGAUUCACUGCUUUUACAAAUCUGCUAUAGAGAGAGACCCGAUUGACGAAUUCGCGCAAUCGAGUCGACACUUACCCCGCGCAGCUUUUCGUGCGAGGCCAACGACAACAUCUUGCUGUAACGCACGAUAUAUAGCUGCAUUCCGCGCUCGCUUACGUUCGACUAAAAUUGUUCGCUUCGUCCGCGUUGGAAGCAUCGAUCGGAUUCUCGUGUGCUUUUAAAAACAACCUCCUUACUAUCGAUUAUGUAAAUUAGUAAAGACUUUGUUAUCAAGGAAUACUCUAAAAAUACUCAUAAUAAAUCUUCUACGUUUAAGACGCUGUUUGCACGAGAUACUAUCCAUGCGAUUUAUAAUUUCAUGACAGAAGAUUAUUUUCCUGAUUAUUAUGCUCGUGAAGAAUGUCUUUGUCAGUGUUUGGAUUUGUAAGAAUGUGUCUCUUGUCGGGGUACUAUGACUGACAAGAGAAAAAGCAACUGGCGUGGCUUAGGACCGAAAAAUGAUAAAUAUAAUUAUGUCGAUGCUAGAACGAAUGCUAUUGAUAUGGAGAGUCAGAGAAUACGCUAACA